GCAGCACAGGAGCAUGGUGCGCUGCAGAGCAGCGGGUCGGAUGCCGGCAGCCUCCGCCACCACCGUCGCUUCCCCUCUACGCUGAAAUCCUCAGGGAAAGAGGAAAAGGCUUCGCCGCAGCUCCUGGGCACAGCAGGAGGAGAGGGAGCAGCUCCACAGGAGAAAGAAGGGCUAGGCCAGGGCGAUGGAGCUGCAGCAUGGGAGGAGGAUGCCGAAGGGCCAGCUCUCUGCUCUCCUCCUCCUCACCUUGGCCUUGCUCUGGCUGCCGGCGGGGGGUCGGCGGCCCCCCCGGCCACCCCCUUGCCCGCCGAGCUGCUCCUGCACCCGGGACACAGCUUUCUGCGUGGACUCCAAGGCCGUGCCCAGGAACCUGCCUCCCGAGGUCAUCUCACUGACGAUGGUGAACGCAGCAUUCACGGAGAUCCGAGAGGCAGCCUUCGCCCACAUCCCCUCGCUGCAGUUCCUCCUGCUGAACUCCAACAAGUUCACGCUGAUCGGGGACAACGCCUUCGCUGGCCUCUCGCACCUCCAGUACCUGUUCAUCGAGAAUAACGACAUCCAGGCGCUCUCGAAGGCCACUUUCCGUGGGCUCAAAUCCCUGACCCACCUGUCCUUGGCCAACAACAACCUGCAGACGCUGCCCCGGGACCUCUUCAAGCCACUGGACAUCCUGAGCGACCUGGACCUCCGGGGCAACACGCUGGCCUGUGACUGCAAGAUCAAGUGGCUGGUGGAGUGGCUGGAGAGCACCAACACCACAGUCCCCGCCAUCUUCUGCAGCAGCCCCGGGCAGUUCGAGGGCCAGCGGAUCCGGGACCUGGCACUCGGUGACUUCCAGUGCAUCACCACAGACUUCGUGGUGCACCAGGUCCUGCCCUUCCAGUCGGUGUCGGCUGAGCCCUUCACCUACGCCAGCGACCUCUACGUCGCCCUGGCUCAGCCCGGCGCCAGCAGCUGCGCCGUCCUCAAGUGGGACUACGUGGAGCGCAAGCUGCGUGACUUCGACCGCAUCCCCGCUCACUCGGCAGUGCACUGCAAGCCCAUCGUGGCGCAGAACCAGCUGUACGUGGUGGUGGCUCAGCUUUUCGGCGGCUCCUACAUCUACCGCUGGGACACCGCUGUGGACAAGUUCAUCAAGAUCCAGGACAUCGACAGCCAGAAGACCCGCAAGCCCAACGACAUUGAGGCCUUCCAGAUCGACACCGACUGGUACUUUGUCAUCGCCGACAGCUCCAAGGCGGGCUCCACCAGCCUCUAUCGCCUCAACCAGAACGGCUUCUACUCCCACCAAGCCCUCCACGCCUGGCACCGUGACACCGACGUGGAAUACGUGGAGAACGACGGCAAACCCCGGCUGAUCAUCUCCAGCAGCUCCCAAGCCCCCGUCAUCUACCAGUGGAACCGGGCACAGAAGCAAUUCACGCCCCAGGGGGAGGUGGGGGAGAUGCUGGAUGUGCAGAUGGUGAAGCACUUCAGGGUGAAGCGGGACCAGUUCCUCUGCCUCAGCCGCUACAUCGGUGACUCCAAGGUGGUGCGAUGGGAAGGGCAGCGCUUCGUUGAGCUCCAGACGCUGCCGUCCCGCGGCUCCAUGGUGAUGCAGCCCUUCUCGGUGGAGCAGCGGCAGUACCUGGCCCUGGGCAGUGACUUCUCCUUCACCCACAUCUACCUGUGGGAAGAGGAGAAGCAGAAAUUCGUCAAGUUUCAGGAGCUGUCGGUGCAGGCGCCACGGGCUUUCCGCUACGUGCCGGCUGCCGAUGUGCAGCUCCUCCUGGCUCCCAGCUUCAAGGCCAAUACGCUGGUCUACCGGCACGUGGUGGUGGACCUCAGCCUCUAGCAGGGAGGCAGAGCCCGGGCUGCCCACACAGCCCCGAUGAGGAUCUCGCCUUGUCCUGCCCGAGGACACGCAUGCACCCGCCAGCCCCUUCCUCCUGCCCGCAGCCGACUCUGCCCCGUGGUUACAGCCCGGUGCCCUCCUGGCCCCCCACAUUCACCCACUCCUCAAAUUGCCCCCAGGGCAGCACCCAGCCCCACAGCCCCGCUGCCAGGGGGUGCCACGGGCCUCAGUUUCCCCCCUGCACUCCCGGCUUCCCCAUGUGCCACCCCCUCCAGCAGCCCGUGGGAUGCGGGCAGGAGGGUGGGACGCCCUUCGUCCUGCAGACCCAUGCCCUCGGGUGCCUGCUCUGCGGCACCGGCUGGGCUGGCAGGGAUACGGGGGACACGGGUGCCUCUGCCUGCUCGGGAAAUGGGCUGGCGGCUUGCGGCAGGGAGGUUGGGGGACACAGGAGUGGGGCGGCAGGCAGGGAUGUGCACAGGCAGGGCCAGACUGCUGGGGUUAAAUGGGGUGCCCCCAGGCUGAUGGGGUGCUCCCAGGCUGAUGGGGUGCUCCAAAGUGGAUGGGAUGCUCGAGGCCGGCAGAAUGCUGCCGAGGUGGUGCCACCACCCGCUGAAGCAGGACUGGCCUGUUCCCAUCCCCCUCCGUGCAUGUCCAGCAGCUCCCCCUGCCCUCGUUCCCGCUGCCGGGCAGGACCCAGCGUGCCAGCCGUACCCGAGGUGUACGUGCCCGCCGAAACGCUCCCCACAAUAAACACACUGUGACACCCG